AUGGAGAGUUCAAUUGGUUGCUCAAAGGGUUUAGAGAAACAAAAACCAUACUUUGUAAUGUUCUUUGUACACAUUGUCUAUGCAGGCAUGGCUUUGUUCUCCAAAGCAGCAAUCUCAAAAGGGAUGAAUCCAUAUGUCUUUGUUGCCUACCGCCAAGGAUUUGCGACAAUUGCUUUGGCUCCAUUUGCUAUUCUACUUGAUAGAAACAAGCCUGCCUUCUUGUCAUAUGUCACGGUGUGCAAAAUCUUCUUCAUUUCUUUAUUCGGGAUUACAUUGAGUUUAAAUCUCUAUGCCUAUGCAAUGAAUUAUACCUCAGCAACAUUUGCUGCUGCAGCUACAAAUACAAUUCCUGCCACAACAUUUGUUAUGGCAAUUCUAUUAAGAAUGGAGAGUUUGUCUAUAAAGAAGAGGCAUGGAAUGGCAAAGGUUUUGGGUUCUCUAAUUGGUCUUUCUGGAGCUAUGGUUUUUGCCUUUGUUAAAGGGCCUCAGUUGCAUUUCAUGGACUGGUCAAACUCCCAUCAUCAGGACACCCCAAGCUCCAAUAUCAAGACUACUUCCCAAGGGCAGUUUGUAAAGGGUUCUCUAAUCAUGCUGUUGGCCAACACUGCAUGGUCUGCCUGGCUCAUUAUACUGGGACUUAUUGUGAAAGAAUAUCCAGCAAAAAUGCGUCUUACAGCUCUUCAGUGCUUAUUUAGCUGCUUACAAUCAUCAGUUUUCGCCCUUGCAAUGGAAAGGGAUAUAUCAUCAUGGAAGCUUGGCUGGGAUAUCAAUCUCUUUUCCGUGGCAUAUUGUGGUGUGAUUGUGACUGGAAUCACUUAUUGGAUGCAACUUUGGGCUGUAGACAAGAAGGGCCCCGUUUUCAUUGCCAUGUUCACCCCGUUAGGUCUGAUUAUUACGGCUAUUGUCUCAGUACUUGCAUGGAAGGAGAUGCUUCAUCUGGGAAGUGUUUGUGGAGCCAUAUUGCUCGUGGGGGGCCUAUAUUCCGUCUUGUGGGGAAAGAACCAAGAAGCAAAAUGUGAAGGGGCAGCUGCAAAAGACCAAAUAUCAGAACCAGAACAGGAAGAAACUGGAGUUGUUCAAGUAGUAGUCGUAAAAUGCAAUGUUUCCUUUGUUGCAUGCUUGUCUUUACUGCCGUGUAAAUGUGGGGAUGUAGAUAGCUUUCCAACUAGGAAACAACUUCUGUCACAUAGACAUAUGCCAGAGAUUAGGAUGAUGUUUAAGUCGAAUAUUAUGUUGAAAAUGAUUUCUGAAACUGAUAGUUUGAUUCACGAUAGUUUGUAUUCAAUGGUUUAUGGUUUUCCAUGGAUGUACAAAAUUACGAGAUAUGAUCAAAAAUAA